UACGUCAUCACUUAACAGAUAAACAAACCAAACGAAGACAAGUGGUGACUUUUUUUAUUGUUAUUAAAAUUAGUGAAUAUUAUUAUAUAUAUAAUUGUUAUUGAGUGAAAACUAAUGUUACAUUUGUAAGUGGUACAAGAUAGUGAUGUGUGGCUAAAUAAGUAACCAAGUUAAUGUUUUAUCUUUUUCAAUUGACGCAGGUCUUGUUGUCUUCAGAUUAUAUUUACCAAAGGUAAUAUAUCGCAAUGAUACCAUACGCUAACGCCGGCAAUUUCAAAGAAGAGGACGAAGAAAAAUUACCCUAUGACUACGAAAUAACAAAAGAGGUGAAAUGGUACGACAAAGUUCUCCUAAACAGACCAUCGAAAGUGACACUCAUAGCUAUCCUAUUGACUAUCCUUGCUCCAGUACUGAUGUAUAAAUAUUUCUUCGCUUCUAGUAAAGAUUGGCCACCAUCAGACGGUCUAUCUUUCGGUUCCUGCCUCGUCCAAAGGGAAGCAAGGUUACCUUGUGGAAUUGGCAGUAUUUCUCAAUCAGAUUGUCAUAAACAAUGUUGUUAUGACUUGGCCACAAACUUUUGCUUUCACAGAUUUCCCUCAAGGUUUUCUUAUGUUAUGGACCAAGCUUGGCACGAGGACGUAGUUCUCAGACCGAGGUUCUCCACCGUUCCAUUCGCUUCACAAAAUAGUGUGAAAAGCCUUAGAUUAUCAAUUGACGAGAUUUCUCCUACACACUUGUCAUUAACAUUUUAUGAUUCAAAGGAAGUGUCUUUACAAGGAAGAAGAAUUGAAUAUAAAGAAUACGACUAUAGGAUAUCAUCUCAUGAACUUAAUGUGAUAGUGGAACGUAUCAAUGAUUCUACAAUUUUUAAUACCGAUAGAGGACCCUUAAUUGCUUCUGAAAAUAUUUGGGAAAUAACCUUUAAAUUGACUAAUGGUCUCAUGUUUGGUCUAGGAGAUUUACCACUUAGAGAAGGAACUACAAAAAUCAUAUACAAUCAUGACGGUGGAUUGAGCUCUUUGCCAUUGAUUUACGCGCAAUCUAAUGGCUCAUACCAUGGUCUUCUAAUAGACGUAAUUAAACCAACUGAAGUUCAUGUAACUGAAAAUAAUCAAAUUAUAGUCAGAAGUAUAGCAAAAUCUGGAUUAAAACUGCAUUUGUUUCUUGGACCUGAACCGAAAGAUAUCUUGAGAGAUGUUAUGGAUUUACUAGGAAAUAAAAUGCAGCUAGAAUAUUGGAUGCUUGGAGCUCAUGUUUGUAGUGAAACAACAGAGGAUCAAGAUGAAGCAGUGAAUUAUCUUAAAUCAUUUAUAACCGACGCUACAGCAAUUAAUUUUCCAUACGAAAGCCACUGUGGUACCAGACCAAUAGUUUUUAACGCAGAUAAUGUAACUGAGGAUUUGACUGCUGUUGUAGCUGGAAUAGAACUUUUGAAGAUAGCAAACAAGAAAUUUGUACCUCAUAUAUCGCCAUAUAUUCGCUACCCAGAUAUAUUGGAAGAUAAUAAUUUUGAAGACAAUAAUGAUACAGACGUUAUUUCAACAACAACAGUCAAAUCGAUGGAUUGUUUAGAUAUUGUUUGUGAGUUUGAACAUUUUAUGCUACAAUGGAACUCUACACACGUUUACAAAGGAUCUAUUAAUUCUAUCGAUGAGCCAGUAGUUUACCCAGAUUAUGAAGUAGUUAAUGAGGAGUUUAUGGCAAAAUUAUGGGCUUUGAACGUUGACGCAGACGUUGACGGUGUAGUGUUAGUAAAUAACUGGCCUUUGGAUGAAUCAUUUAAAUUGUAUGAAGAUAUUUCUUCUGCAUUACCAUAUUUUAACAAGAACUUUGGAAUCGCAUUUAACAACACACCACAAUGGAAUAUUACCAAACCAGGAACAGAUCAGCGAUAUUUCGAAGAACACAAUAUUUAUGGCAGCAAUUUUAUUAGAGCUAUGGCAAAAAACAUAACGAAGGAUGCCCCAACCUGGUCUAGUAGUCAAUGGAUGAAUACGAACGUCAUCAUCAACAGACAGAAUGUUCAGACAUCUUGGACAAAUUUGCAAAAUGAGCUGGUAGAGACAGCAUUAGGGGGAAUAUCAGGGCACUGGCUAUGGUCCUCACCUGUGUGUGGAGACACUGCAAACUUUAAUAUUGAUAAUCAAGCGAAUCUUUGCGUGAAAUGGUAUAUGGCAGCCACUUUCUUUCCUACCGUUAAAAUUCACUCUAAAUCAACUCCUAGGGAUCCUUUGGCAUUUGAAGGUACUCAUAGGCAUCUGAUCAUAGAUGCCCUAAACAAGAGAUUAUCUCUCUCUCCAUAUUUCUUCACAGUGCUACAAGAAGGUCCGCUUUUAAGACCAAUGUUCUACCAGUUUCCUCAUAAUGAAGAAUUAAUAGAGUUGCGCAGUCAAUUUAGCGUUGGCGAUAGUCUGCUCAUAGCUCCUAAUCUUCAACCUAUCCAAAGUCAUGUUCAUGUACGGGUUCCUCCAGGGAUCUGGUAUGAAUUUUGGAGUGGAUUGAAGAUCGACGCGGAUGAAGGUGAAGUGGUUACCAUGACAACUACUGAAGCUGACUUCUUGACAUUUAUCCGUGGAGGAGCGAUUAUUAUAAUGCAAACGGAUGUACGUGCAACAGCCGAAGCUACACGCAAAAACUCUCCUUACACCCUUGUUAUCGCCUCUGAAACGACUAACGUCACUAAAGAAGAAAUAAAUGAAGUCAGAGUUGCAGAAGGAAAGUUGUAUAUAUCACAAAAUAUGACAAUUCACUUCAGAGUGAACAACACCGAUCUUAUUAUCAAUACGGAUGAUAGUGACUUCUCAUCUUUAUGCAGUGACGAAGCAUUAUGGGCUAAAAUUAUUAAUAAAAUUAAAAUAUACGGCCUCGGUGAAGAAGAAAACAAUUUUGACCAUCAUAAACAGUUAACAACGGAAAUAGACUUGUGCGAUCUAGAGAAUGGUGACAUAAAUUUCACCCUUUCGAGUUGAAUUUCAUUUUAUGUUUAAUAGAAUUUCCUCUUUAUGAAUAAUAUUUUAAAUUUCGUAAAUGGAACACCAAAAAAACUAACUAUAAUAUUCAAUAUAAAUUAUUACUCAACUUCGUCUGAAAAUAAUUAGAAACUUAUAACUUA